ACGCGCGCGCGGGCGCGGGCGCGCGGGGAGGCGGCGGCGGAGGGCGGCCGUUGCGGGCCGGCCCGCGGGGCUGAGGCCGAGCCGAGCCGGGCCCGCGCACGCCGGGGGCCCACCAUGCGGCGGCUGCGGCGCCUGGCGCACCUGGUGCUCUUCUGCCCCUUCUCCAAGGGCCUGCAGGGCCGGCUCCCGGGCCUCAGGGUCAAAUACGUCUUCUUGGUCUGGCUGGGCGUCUUUGUGGGCAGCUGGAUGGUGUAUGUGCACUACUCGUCCUAUGCGGAGCUCUGCCGCGGGCACGUCUGCCAGGUGGUUAUCUGUGACCAGUACCGCAAGGGCAUCAUCUCUGGCUCCAUCUGCCAGGACCUGUGCAGUCUGCACGAGGUGGAGUGGAGAGCGUGUCUGUCCUCCGUCCCAGGGCGGCAGGUGUACAGUGGGCUGUGGCAGGGCAAGGAGGUGACCAUUAAGUGUGGCAUUGAGGAGGGCCUGGACCCCAAGGCCGGGUCGGAGCCGGCCCCCCAGCAGGAGCUGCUGCUGUUCGACAAGCCCACCCGGGGCACGUCAAUCAAGGAGUUCCGAGAGAUGACCCUCAGCUUUCUCAAGGCGAAUCUGGGAGACCUGCCCUCCCUGCCCGCGCUGGUCGGGCAGGUCCUGCUCAUGGCCGACUUCAACAAGGACAGCAGGGUGUCGCUGGCCGAGGCCAAGUCGGUGUGGGCCCUGCUCCAGCGGAACGAGUUCCUGCUGCUGCUGUCCCUCCAGGAGGAGCAUGCAUCCCGGCUGCUGGGAUCCUGCGGGGACCUCUACGUCACCGAGGGGGUCCCCCACAGCUCCUGGCACGGAGCCGCUCUCCCUACCCUGCUGCGCCCGCUGCUGCCCCCUGCCCUGCACACGGCGCUGCAGCAGUGGCUGGGGCCCGCGUGGCCCUGGAGGGCCAAGAUCGCCAUCGGACUGCUGGAGUUCGUGGAGGAGCUCUUCCACGGCGCCUACGGGACCUUCUACAUGUGCGAGACCACGCUGGCCAACGUGGGCUACACGGCCCAGUACGACUUCAAGAUGGCGGACCUGCAGCAGGUGGCGCCCGAGGCCGCCGUGCGGCGCUUCCUGCGGGGCCGGCCGUGCCGGCACAGCGCCGACUGCACCUACGGCCGGGACUGCAGGGCGCCCUGUGACAAGCUGGUGCGCCAGUGCAAGGGCGACCUCCUCCGGCCCAACCUGGCCAAGGCGUGCGAGCUGCUGCGCGACUACCUGCUGCCCGGCGCGCCCGCCCGCCUGCGGGAGGAGCUGGGCCGCCAGCUGCGCACCUGCGCCACGCUGAGCGGGCUGGCCAGCCAGGUGGAGGCGCACCACUCGCUGGUGCUCAGCCACCUCAAGACCCUGCUCUGGAAGGAGAUCUCCAACACCAGGUACUCGUGACCGCGGCCCCGGGGACCCCGUCCACGGCCGGGCCGCACAGCCUGCAGCGGGGGCGGGAAGGAGCGCCUGGGGCCUGGCCACAAGGGCUGGCCGGAGGACCCGCUGGGACCUGUCAUUCCGAAGAACGUGUGAUGUAAAUAAACCGCUUUUCUGUGA